UCUAGUUAAAUUUUAGCAACUUUGAUUGCAUGUCCCUCGUAACAAGUUCGAUAUCUCCAUACUCAGCCUUGCGGUGAAUUGCGCCGCAGCCAAGGGAAAUCAACGAUCAACGACAAGUCGCAAGUUCAUGAGGCUCAGGAACUUGUCGUCCUACAGGCUACGGUUUGCAGAUGAUAUAUCUGGCGUAAAAGACAUUCCUCUAUCUUCAUAAUUUUCCAGUUACAACAACAACAACAACAACAACAACAACAAAAACUCUCUUUGCAUCGACCCUGACCAACAUGGAACUCCAACAUAACUUCUUAACCGCCAUCACGGCAUGUGCUGCUUUCAUCGCAGUAUAUACAGCAUCAUGCAUAUUCUACAACCUAUUCCUCCAUCCACUUCGGCACUACCCAGGUCCAAUCUCCAUGCGAGCGACAAGAUGGACCUUCUGCCAUAGACUCAUCAAGGGUGCUCUUCCCAUGGACGUCUUGGAGCUUCACAAGAAAUACGGGGAUGUAGUCCGCGUCGCCCCUGAUGAAUUAGCCUAUUGCAACGUCAACGCCUGGAAAGAUAUCAUGGGCCACAGGUCCGCAGGGUCACCAACGUUCGAAAAGGCUCUCAAGUUUUACCGCCCGUCGGGUGAUCAGCCCAUCAAUAUCGUCAACACCAACGGCGCAGAGCACGCGAUGCUCCGACGACAGCUCUCACACGGCUUCAGUGAGCGCAGUCUGCGCGACCAGCAACCUUUGAUCAUGAAGUAUGUGGACCUCAUGAUUCAGCGCCUACACGAGAAUUGCUCCAACGAGGACCCGGUUGACUUGAUGGCCUGGUACAAUUUCACCACGUUUGAUAUUAUUGGAGAUCUUGCAUUCGGGGAACCGUUUGGAUGCUUGGAGAAGUCUGAAUACCAUCCUUGGGUCAAGGCUAUCUUCCAGUCCGCUCGACUUGGUGUGUUUGCGCAGACUGCCGGACAUUUUCCCUUUCUAAAGAAGAUUAUCUUCACACUUUUGGCCACGGAGGCUGCGAAGAAGGCUAGGGGCGAUAACCUGGCGAGGGCUAAGGCCAAGUUGGAGAGGCGCAUGGAGCUUGGCAAGAAGGAGGGUGGUAGACCCGACUUGAUUGAGGGUUUAUUGAAGAAGAAGGACGAGUUGAAUAUCUCGUUUGAGACACUCGCGGCAAAUAGCAACACGCUUAUCAUCGGUGGUUCUGAAACGACAGCAACGCUACUAGCUGGGGUCACCUAUUAUCUUUUGAUGAAUAGGGACUGUCUGGGAAAGCUUACGGAUGAAGUGCGCACAACUUUCAAGACGGAAGAGGAGAUUGACUUGGUUUCCGUCAACAAGUUGACCUACAUGCUCGCCUGCCUGGACGAAGCACUCAGAGUAUAUCCUCCAGUCUCUAUGGGCCUGCCGAGAGUCACGCCCAAAGGCGGAGCGAAUAUUUGUGGCAAGUUUGUGCCUGAGAAUACCAUCGUGGCGAUUCAUCAGUGGGCCAUCAAUCAUAACGAAAAGUACUUCAAAGACCCGUAUGGCUUCCACCCCGAGAGGUUCAUGGGAGACGAGAAAUUCGCAUCAGACAACAGGGAGGCUUUUCAACCCUUUCACAUUGGCUCGAGAAAUUGCUUGGGGCGCAAUCUGGCCUAUGUUGAGAUGAGACUCAUUCUUGCUCGCCUCAUUUGGAAUUUCGAUGUCGAGAUUGACGAGGAGUACAAAGACUGGGCACAGAAGCAGCAAGUCUUCAUUUUGUGGGAUAAGGGUCCCUUGAAGGCGCACUUGACACCAGUAGCUCGAUAGAGUGCACGACUUAGAGGUUUCGUGUCGAGAAACCGUGGGUUUGUAAAAGGUCAGCGCUAGAAGAUCAAGUACGAUGCAAAUAGAAAAUCA